GUUGCCAUUAUCCGUUAACUUACAUUUACAUCACACGUCUUCAGGCAAUCGGCGAUUGUAAAUAACUAAUAACUUGGUUUGCUCCAACUUCGAUGACCGUCUCGACGCCUGCGAAUCCUGAAUCCAUCCGCUCCGCUUCACCGUCGCCCGCACCGAGUGGUAUACAAGGAGACCUUGAACUCGAACUGAUGGGUUUAGCGAACGCGUUAUACAACCUGGGAACGACCGUCAUAUUCGACUCAACCAAGGACGCUGCUGCACAAGGAAGGACCGUUAAACAGUUGGGACCUCGAGUAAAUGAUGUUAUCCAUCACCUCGCUAACAUUGAAGAAAUCGGGAUGCAAACGCGCACGAUGAUUCCAAUGCAGAUACUAUCUGAUAUCGAUAACUGCAAAAACCCUAUGAACGUUACGAAAGAACGGUUGGAACGAGCGGCUACAGAGAACCAGUUUAUGAAUGGGAAGAUAGCUGCUUUGAGUAGCUACCGCACUUUACUCAAUGCAGAGCUUUGCCAGCACUUUCCUGAGCUAAGGGAAUAUCUAGAACCAACGUCUUCGUCUAACUAGGGAUCGAGCAUUUUACUCUUCCAAUCGGUGAACGGUACGAUCUAAAGGGUUGCUCAUCACACUGGCAUCGCCUACUCCUCUGUGCGCAGCGAAUGAGGACAAGUUCUCUCGGACAGGCAAAACGUAGGUUUAUUAGAUGAUAGGGUUGUCGAGAAAGACGUCUGAAUACUGAAGAAAAGCGAUGGAUGAGUUAACGGGAUUCAUCACUGUACUUGGGUACCAUUUAUCGAUGCUGUCGUGUUCGGAACCAUUAGUCUUGAGUUCGUGUUCCAGUCGAAUUGCUAGGCGAAUAAAAUGAUGAAGACC